AGCGCAAACACGAAGAUUUGUUCCCAAGUGUUGAGAGCUUAGAAUCCGGAGUUUGUGAAUGAAAACGUCUGUAAAUCCUAUCAACGAAGUCCUUUUAUUUGAAGUAUAUUAUUAUAUCAAUCAUGUAUAAUCAAGGAAAAGAUUACAAUGAUUCGAAGUAUGACCAGUAUGGAUAUGAUGACAGAUAUGAAACACAUACAGGUGAUCCUAGCAAGGACUUUGCGUACCGUGACCGUGAUGAAUACUCUCGACCGAGGAACGCUAGUUACAUCGUCCCCGAGGACAUCAAGCGAUUCCUCUUAGAUUUCCAGGGCAACAUCCGAGACAAAAAUGUCUACGAGAUCAACCAUUGCUAUGAAACAACUUUUAACAAGUUGUCAGAAAGCUACUUCAAGAAUUCACCAUGGCCCUCUGCUGACACCGUAGCAGAAAUCGUUCAAAAUGAUGAAAUAUUUCUGAUCCUUUACAAAGAACUCUAUUACAGGCAUAUCUUGGCUAGGACUCAGAGUGGUCCGGACCAGCAGCAGAGGUUUGAAUCUUACUACAACUACUGUAACCUAUUCAACUAUAUCCUCAAUGCAAAUGGGGGUCCUGUGGACCUGAAGCUUCCAGACCAGUGGCUGUGGGACAUCAUUGAUGAGUUCAUUUAUCAGUUCCAGGAAUUCAGCAAGUAUCGCAGCAAAAUGGCCCUGAAGUCGGAAGAUGAAAUCAGUGUGCUUAAGGGUAAUCCCAAGAUCUGGAAUGUACACAGUGUCCUGAAUGUUCUGCAUUCCUUGGUGGAGAAGUCUGGUAUCAAUCAACAGCUUGAAGCAUAUGGAUCUGGAGUUGAUGAUCCCGAGUCUGAAGCCUCUGACUUUGGUCGUCAUCCUCUGUACAAGAUGCUUGGUUACUUCAGCCUGAUCGGUCUGCUACGCCUUCAUUCCCUCCUGGGUGACUACUUCCAAGCCAUCAAGGUCCUAGAACAUAUCCAGCUUAAUGAACAGACACUGUACUCCAGAGUAGCGGCGUGUCAGGUCAGUACGUACUACUACGUGGGCUUUGCCUACCUGAUGAUGAGGCGUUACCAGGACUCCAUCAGGAGUUUCACCAACAUCCUCCUCUUCAUCCAGAGGACCAACAGAAUGCUUUCUACCGGUUCCUACCAGGUUGACGUGAUCAAGAAGCUGCAGGAUAAGAUCUACAAGCUCCUAGCCCUGGUCCUAACUCUGCAUCCCAUGCGGAUUGAUGAGAGCGUCCACAUGCAGCUCAGGGACAAACUAGGAGAUAAACUACAAAAAAUGCAGAGAGGAGACCUGGCCAUCUUUGAAGAAUGCUUCUCUUCUGCCUGUCCUCGUUUCCUGUCACCCGUCCCACCAAACUAUGAGGAUCCCAAUGCCAACUACAACAAGGAACCUUUCACUCUUCAGGUCAAGGUCUUCAUGGAGGAGGUCAACCAACAGCUCCUUAUCCAAACCAUCAGGAGUUACCUCAAGUUGUAUACAACAAUGCCUGUCUCCAAACUGGCCAUAUUCCUGGACUUGUCUGAGGAAGCUUUCCGCACGCAACUUCUCUGCUUCAAGCACAAAAUGAAGAACUUGGUUUGGACCAAAGGUGCUAGUGGUUUAGAAGGAGAGUUUCAGUCUGCAUCAGAAGUAGACUUCUACAUUGAUGGGGAUAUGAUCCACAUUGCUGAUACCAAGGUUGCCCGUCGCUAUGGUGAUUUCUUCAUCCGUCAAAUACACAAAUUCCAUGAGCUCAACCGAAAUCUAAGGAAGACAGCAUCUACAAACUAGUACACAAAUCAAGGAAGAACAGAAUUAUGUAAUUUGCUUGGAACAGCCUAAACUUUGAGGGAAACAUGGCGUCGACAAGAACAAUUUAUGAAAGAAAUGUCUAAUCUUCACAACACUUGGAACGUUUGUAGCUCAGGCAGAACUUUUGUGGAUGCUUCUGCAGCAUCAAGCGCAGGAGCCAAAUGGUGACACUUUGGAAGAUGUUUCUGGAAGCAUGCACCAAUCAAUUUUCCUUCCCUUACUCCCUUACACUUAUUCAAAUUCAUUAUUUUAAUUUACCAUCUAUUAUGGAUGAAACUUCUUCUUGUAAUGUUGUAAACCUGUUUCCUUGAAUGCACGAGCGCUGAAAGGCAGCUCGAGCUAAAGCCAGGGUAAUAAUAAUAACAACACGCCACGGAAUAGAAUAUUUCUAGAUAGAUGGCACUAUAUAAAUGCCUAAUAUUAUUUAUUAAACUUGUUGGUUUUCAAAGGAUGAGCCAGAUUUUUAUACUCACUUGCAUAAAGAGAAGAAAACAAAAAAUUAUUGAAACUACCUAAUAAAACUCCUUUAAAAAUAAACUUAUGUAAAACAGAAAGGAAAUGAAUUUUGACUCUAUAUCUGCAUCCUUGGAAAUUAUUUGAUUCAAAUAAAACUAGUCAACUGAAACCCAUUAUGGUUUCAGGUGAUUCUGAAUAAAUGCCUAUAAACAUAUUUUUAAAAGAUUUUUGUUUUCUUCUCCCUUUGCUGAUAAAUCAAUGUUCCAGAAAAAAUUCUGACUAUCCCCAAAUGAUUCUUUAGUUAUGAUGGAAGAGACAUCAUAUUAGCUGGUUUGUGCUUAUCAAAUGUGUUGUGUAGAAACUUUGGUUUUCUUGUGGGAUAUGGAUCCAGUACACAUAAUCUAGGGCCCAUUGCAGAAAAGUGUUACUAUCAAACACUACUUAAAUUUUAACCAAUUAAAAGUAUAGAUUUUUGGGACUUGAUUUUUGAGUAGCAUUGAAUUCUAACUCUUUCUACAGUGGGUCCCUUCAUAGAUUAACAUACUUAUUCACUGCAAGUGCACACAUUCCAUGUUUGACUACUGUGAUAGUUUAGAAGCAAAGGCCACUGGUUGUGGAAGUCACAUUGGGUCAUUUCAAGUUCAGUGUUGACCUUUUGAUGUUGGUGUUAGGUCAAGUUUUACAGAUUAUAACGCCAAACAAAAUGAAGAUGGUCCUGAAAAGUCACUGACUAGUUGUUAAAAUGUCAAUAAUGUGAUCUGGAUCAGUUUUACAAACUCUGAAUAAGUUAAGGAGCUAGGGGAAGCAAUCAGAAUUUCAACACCAACACUAACACCAAGGCCAACACCGGACUUGAAAUCACACAAUGCAUGACCCUUGUGUUCAGUAGAGUCUGGGUUGCAUCUCAUGAAUUCAUUAUUGCCAAUUUGCUGACUUCUCAUUGACACAACUUACAAUUAUGCGGGAUAAAACUUGCAACAGUGAUCAAUUCUUGAAACAAAAUCACAGACUUUAUUUCCAGGUGCCCAUGGGCCUUGUCACAUGUGAAUCUUGACUCAUUGUAAUAAUGAUUGCGAUUGUAAUUGUGACUGUGACAAGCGAUCAUGAUUCUAAUCAUGUUCUAGUUUGGUUUCACAUGAGCUAACUAUUCAUCAUUAGCCUUAUUUUUCCCUGGAAUCAUUUGAAUUACGAUUUUUUUUACCGUGUGAAAGGGCGGCAUGUUUUGUUGGUUCUUCAUAGUGUCACACCUCAAUUACUUCUUGAGUAUUUUUUACAACUAGCCAAGGCCUAGGCACCUGUUUCACAAAGCUACUUUUCAAUAGGAAGUUGCAUGUUCAUCAAAUAUUUUUCAUUUGAUUGGCUGAUGGUAAAUGGCUUCCAUUAUUGAUUAUGAGUUUUUCUGAAACAGGUUUGGAAGAUGUAUGAAGUCUGAAUAUUUUUGACUCGGUUUGUUGCUCAGCUUUGUUGGUACUUCAAUAACAAGUACAAAAUUCUUUAAAUCAUUCGUUAGGAAAAUAUAUUCUAAAGGUUGUUGUUUCUAGUGUCCUGUCCAUUGAUGAAACAGUAGGAGAUUGAAUAAUUGGCGAUAUACCAUUGAUAAUCAUGUAUGGUAUAUGAUAAUAAUGUAGAUACUUGCAUUUAUAAUCUGCUCUGAGGAACACUUGGGCCCUGUUACACAAAGUUUUAUAGGCCUAUCAAGAUCAUCAUUGCAUGCACAUUUUGCUCAGUAGACUGACUAGGAACCAAUCAGAAUUGUUCUUUCAAAUUAGUGAUUUAUCACUAACCUUUGUGUCGCAGGGCCCUGAUUUUUCAGAAUGCUUCCUGAUGUGCCAGGGGGUUGUUUCACAAAGAUUUAAGUAUGAAUUUGAGUCGCGUUUAAAUGUCUAGUUGCAUGUGGUAUAAAAGGCAUGACUGCAUUGGUUAGAUCAUGCCAAGAGGAUGUGCAUUAACUGUGCAUUGAUCAAUAAGAUUGCGCGUUGCAUAUCAUGUAUGUGUCGGCAUUUAAGUGCGAACUAAGUCAUAUUUAAAUCUUUGUGAAACACCCCCAGAACUUGUAGAGUGCAACUGUAUCUAAGUAUGAAUGCUAAUAUUCCAUUAACCCACUCAUAUUAUUUACCGGUAUUGAAAAUGUUAAACUGGUUUGGCUCAAGUUAUCACAAAAAUACCAAUGUACUUAUUUACUUCUAUUCCAUUGACUGUGGUCGAAUUUGUACUGAAUGAUCUAUUCAAUAUUCUCAAUCUAAUGAUAAGGUUAUCAUGUUAUCAAAAUGAUUCUAUCUGUGUGUAUGUGAUGAUUUUUUAAGCAAAGCCCCAUACAAAUAGUUACAUUUUGUAUUCCCUAGACUUGAAAAGAACAUGUUUUCAUGUGAGAAAUAAACAUAUAUUAU